CGCCGCAUCUGCCGUUCAGCAUGAGGCAGAGGAUCACAUAUCUGCUGCCCCGCGGCACCGGCGUCGAUCCGGCGGACAUCAGCGCCGGCAAGGACGACCUCACUUUCCGGCAGGCCACGACCGCUGCAGUUGAGCGUCGUAUAACGCUUGGCUUGUCCGAGCUGCCCCUUCCGGUGCAAGAAUUCCUCAAGGACUUUCACGAACUGCAUGUCCGGGUAGUGUCCCCACGCAACUAUCCUGCACUCUCGCCCGCAGUAUCAACGUUACCACCCGGUCUCCAUGCCUUCUUCACGCCACCAAGCAGGCCAGGAACAUCCGGAAACAAGCUCUGCUCUGAGCUUGGUCACUUGCUGGGACUGAAUGAGCGAGAGCUAAUCUGCAGUUCUGAACUUGGCGCCUACCCCAGACCACCUGUUUUAUCCGAGAGGUUCGCGAGCUCUUCUACAUACCAGUUUUAUCAUGGAGUAGAUGAUUUGAACACGAUAUCGCAGCACGUAGUGGACCAGCUUUGCCCGGGACUCCCAGUUGCGUCCACCAGUGGACAGCUGUGCAAAGUCAUUGCAGAUACUUCAGGUGCUGCAUAUGUGGACUAUGAUUUUGAUGUCAUCAAUCAUGCCGUGACAAUCAGCAUUCUUUCGCCACCGUCAUCUGCGGCCGAUGGAGAUGGCAUCCCAGGAAGAGUGCACAAAAUUCAACCAGAAGAGCGACUCGAAGUGGGCAUUCUGUCGCCGGAGCAGGCAGAUGAGCCAGAAGAGCACAAAUUGGGCGGCUAUCUGACUGUGGUAGGUGAAGACGAUAAGCCCAAACCAACACUAUUCUCGUUCCCCUCCAGACACCAUUCUCUCCCUUCGAACGAUCGUACAACGUAUUCUGCGAACUUUCAGAAGCCAACGGGGUUGCAUCCCAAACUCGAGAUUAUCUUUUCCGCCGAAUCCCUCACAUCGCCGAGCCCCGAGAAAGCCUGCUCGCUUCACGCAUACAUGACAAACCCUUCGACGCUGUUUCUGGACAGGUAUCAGUUCGAGGACGAUCUGUUCCUUGCCUCACAAAAUCUCGUGGCUCUGCGCGCUCUGAGCGGUGAGGAGGAUCUGGAAGCACCAAACUGGGUGGUAAAGCAGUGGGGCUCUGUUUCACUGUUCGAGUUGGCCUCUCCAAAAGGCGCUGGGCCACCCAAAGGCAACUGGACAGUCACAAUUCCCAUGCAUUUACGAUACCUGAAUGCUACUGCCUCUAAGACUGGACACACGACCAUCGAUGUUCCGUGGCCUGUCGUUUUCUGGGCAUGCGAAGCCGAAGAGGGCUUGAAAAUGAGCACAAACCCAUUCGAUCGCAUCAACUUGGGCUACGAUGGGCUCUUUGGUCCAAAGACUAUGUUCUACCACGUACCGGCCAAUCCUCAAAGUGGACGUCUUGUCGAGCAGCUACGCGUACCAGUACUGGAUCCUGCCCAGGCUACUUGGGUGCCUCUUGGGACACUUCUCGCUGUAGUGAUAGGAUUUGCUUGGAUAUCGUGGAAGCUAUUUGCUGGUCGGGGCGCGCUAGGUGCUGGAAGAGACAGAAACGCAACUGCCAAAGAUGCAUCGAAACAACCGAUCGCCGGAAAGAAGACUCGAUAA